AUGAGGUCUUUUGACAAGUAUCCCACCGGGCGUGCCAAAAGUGUUGGUCCGUCGCAAAUCUCGCGGCCUGGUGCUCCGGGCCAAGGGGAUGUGCGUCAACACGUGACGUCCUCCUUUUGGAUGCGGUGCGGUUGUGCGCGGGCGUGCCAGCACGAUCUACCGUGCGUCGAGGUGAUGAUGAGGUUCGGGUAG